UUAUCAUCGGACUCGGGUGCUGCUUACAAUUCUCUGAAUAGAAACUACACUGCAGGUGGAGGGAUGAGUCUCUUCCCUGUCAUUGGCACAGAAGUGCCAGAAACACCUAAUGGGGAUGUGACAUCCAUCUCUUCAGAAAAUGGCCCUCAUGUUCCGGUCUCAGAGAAGUUUGGGGGGAGCAGAGUGCCCUAUUCUGAUGAGGCAUCAGAGGACAGAGGCCUUGGACACACAGAGAACCACGUAGAUGUGGAAAACAGAGUAUAUGAUGGCGAAGGUUGCUCGGACACAGACACAUACAAUAAUGAGAGAACGUCUGGUUUAUCACCUCACAUAUCCCAUGUGACAGACCCCUCAGAAGACUCAGAAUCAGGCUCCAAUGACACAGACAUUCCUGAGGCCUCUAGCACUGCUGAGCCUCCUGGUGAACCUCUGCUGUUGGAGUCAGAACAGCACGCACACUCCAAAGACUCAUCUUUGCAAGGAGGCCGGGCCAUUAAAUACAGACAGCGGACAGACGGAGAACAUGUUGAUGGAGGCGAUGACAGCAGAGAAGAGGAGGAGGAGGAUGGAGAGAAAGAGAAGCAGGAUGAAGAGGAUGAUGAGAAAUAUGAAAAAAAGUGGAUAAAUCCACGUAAAGGAGGGAGAACUGGGUCUUCACGACACUACUCCUCCUCAGCCCCUGGUCCCAGCACCUCGUCCUCCUCUUCUUCUCCGCCUCCUCUUCUUCCCUCAGAUGAUGUCCCCUGCCCUCCCCACGUCAUGGCCCAGGUCUGGGUACGCAAUGUCAGGGGGAUGCAGGACAGCAAGAGCCUGGAUGAAAUCAGCCAAGCCUGUGGAGGUGGUUCAGGGGCCCGGGGAGGGGGCAGAGCAGGCCAGUCAGAGGGUCGAAGGGCCACUAUCUCAUCGGCUCUGGAGCUUGAAGGGACAGUCAGCCAUGAGGGCGACCUGACCAACUUCGUCGCCAAGAACCUGGAGCAGAAAAUCAAGAUGAGCUCCAAGCCCAGUCUGGACUGCAGUGACUCGGACUGCUCAGGUCCUAUCUACAGAAGUCGGGGAUUGACGCGGAGACCAGCAGAUAUCCCUCCCAUUGAUCCUGCUGUCCUAUUGGAUCUUCAGAGACACACCCAGGAAGUGGCUCAGAGUGUGGAGAUGAUGAUGAGGAGCCUCAAUGGAACCAUCCAGAAUAUGACCGCUCUGAGUGUGGGCUACAUCCAGACUUACAGGGACUCAGUGGACAGCCUGGGAGAGUCUGUAGACAUGAGUAUAAAGGGUAUGUACACACUGAUGGCGCGCUGCGAGGAGCUGGACCGGUCCAUGCAGCCCAUACACACCUUGGCUGCACAGAUCCGCGACAUCAAACGCACCCUGGAUGCUUUGGAGGCAAUCUGCAAAUAAUCACCUCUCUGGUACGAGUACACAUCCGCAAAGACCAAACACCAAGCACACCCUGAACAAGACUGUCUGCAAGUAACCACCGCCUUGCAGGUAGCACACACACACAGUGCAGCAAAGAUUCAGUGCACGUCUGGAUCCCUGGAACCAUUGCUACUAGGCAUGCUGGAUGAUUGCGCUCUUUGUCCCCCUGCUUGUUCAUCCUUUGAAGAUGACCAUGUUUGUGUUGUGAGAUUUCAGUUGAAUUGGGCUUGAUUGGCUCUCGGGGCUGAGCUUUCUCUUCUUCCUUUUUUUUUUUUUUUAAACAACCUUACUUCCUCUUGUGAAGUCAUCAUGAAACUCCCAAAAUCACAUGUUUUGAAGACUCUAGGUCAAGUGCCCUGAACACACACACACACACACACACGCGCACACACGCACACACACACACACACACACACACACACA